AUGGCACAUGUCAGCGAUCCCGUUGAGUCUGAGAUGGCCGAGGUCGCGCAGCACGCAGUGGAAAACAACGUGUGGUUUUCGCGGAUUAGUCUUGCUUUACGGUUUGACUCGCAGGAUAUUCGGAGUGGGUGGGGUGCGAGGUCCUCGUUUGGGAAACUAAUGAGAAGUCUGUUUGACUCGACCCGUCGAACACUUGACGACGCGAACACUUUCUACCGCUUGCAAACAGGCAGUGAAAGCCUCUAUCAGCUUGGAAAGAUUUAUGUGGAGUCUGAUGACGAGGAGCUGGAACGAUGGGGAGUCAAGGCAAUGCUCUCGUCGCUCGUGCGGACACAAACAAGAGAAUUAAAGCUGAUGUUGGAGCAGGACCCGAUCGACCAAAACGCGGUCGGUCGCUUGAGUGUGGAGGAUAUCCAGGGUUUUAUUGCAGUAAUCGCAUCCGAUCACCCCGAGGAAGAAUUAUUCAGCAGCCAUCGUGGGGUUGUCGAUGAUCGCAAUGCGACCUUGGAAGAAGGAGCUCCAAUGCAUUGGGAAUUUGGUGAAGCACAACGUGAUGAUGGAGUGAGCGAGUGGGUAAACGUACUGGUCCCUGGCUACGGUCGCUGCCAGGUCAAGCGCAGCGACUUGAACUUCGAUGGCGAUGGUUCUACAGACACCAUGGGAGUAGGAAUUACGUCACUUUCGAUUCGAUUAAACCCCAAUUGCGAGAUAGCAGGGGAUUUAUCCCAAUUUAUGGCAGCUGUCGGUGCGCUGAAGGAUGUAGGUAGCCAGUUAGAAAAGUGUCUACACCGACUGCGUAUCUGUUUGGCAAACCCCUUUGUGUGCAUUCCGCAUGGAUAUGAUCCUGGUAAUUAUGAGGCCGACCUGAUUGCACUUUUGGAUAUGCUUGAGGUCAACCGCUCUCUUGAGUAUUUAGGUGAUCACCGAAGAACACAUCGAACAUUCAUAGACAGGUUCGCUCAGUACGACAAGGAGCCGAUCAGUAAGGCGCUAAAGCUCCCGCUCGAGGCGAAGAUAGCGUUCCUAAGUGUUGUGGGACCCUGCGGGACUUUGAGGCCUACAAAAAAGAGGAAGAGUUCCGCACCAACUUUAAGUGCCGCGCUAUGCAAGUUGGACCGCUCGCUUCAUCGGACAUAUUAG